AUGGGCGCCGCAUCAUCGACCGAUGAGUUGGAUGCUCCAGAGUUUCCGGCGCCCACCUCCGGGUCUUCACGGUCUGAGUCCAAGCCGUUCGUUCACACAGAGGCCAACAGGGAGCGCCAGGAUUUCGCACGCUUCUGGGAGCAGUAUGUUCCUGGUGGGGCACGGACCACGACAGUCUCAAGACCUCUGAUGCGGGAGGUUUUGCUGCGUGCUGUGCGGGAACUGGCGCUUUCUCCCGGACAUCGGGCCUGGGCAGAGGAGUUGGUUGCGAACGCAGUUGCCUCUGCGCCUGCUGCUUUGGCGGCGGAGGAUGCCUUCGCAAUUUUUCGGUCCGUCAUGCAGAACCUGCGAUCAAGCCAAGGCCACAUUGACACAAAUCUUCCGGCUCGCGAGACUGCUCUUCCAUUGGCAAGCUACGGGAAGAUGCCCAAAGGGGCGAGGAUGAUAGACCCGGCACCUGUGCGAAGACCGUCCAGCCUUGAUGUUGGGUGCCCCUCUCGCCCGCAGGACUUGUUUGCUCCACUGAGGAGCACACGGGCUGCUCAAGAGUCCACUUUGGCAAGCCUGCGGGCAACAGUGCUUAGCUCGCAAGCUGCCUACGAGAAGCUGCUGGCCCAGGCGGAUUCCUGCACAAGCGGGCCCGUCCACGACCUGAAAGGACGCUUGGAGUCCUUAAAGGCCAAGGCAGCGCUGGACCAGGGAAAGUUGCAGGACCACGCUGGUGUCAUCCAGCAACAGGAGAUCGAGAUAGCGGCGCUGCGAGAUGAUCUGGCGUUGCACACGCAGCGCGUAGAGGCUGCGUCGCAGCGCUUGCGUGAGACCCAAGACAAGCUGGAAGAAGCGCAGCAGGAGAAUGCGGAGCUCUCUCGCCAAGCUAAGACAGAGCAGCUCCGAUCCACAAUGCUUCGGGAGGCGUUUGAGCAGGAGCAGACCCGCGUUGGACUGUCCCUCGGCCACGCGGAGGCACAGGUGAGUGACCUGGCUGCCGCAACAGAAGGCACGCGCCGCAUUGAGGUAGAAGAGCAAGCAGUUGCCCGCGAAUGCGUCACUGCUCUGAACGAGAUUCAUGCGGCCCAGGCAAGAGAAGAGCUUGCCACGGAGGCAAGGCUGACUCAGCUCCUCCACGAGCUGGGGCUUGCCAAGGCGGCAGCUGCAGAGACCAAGACUGCCGGCGAUGACCAGGUGGUGGCGGAAUUCCGGCGGAGGAGCCAGGAGCACGCAGCUGUGGUGCGGCGCAGGGUUCAAGACGCCCAAACCUUCCGCAGAAAGCUUCAGGAAGUCCAGCAGCAGGCCGCUGACGUGAGCCACAGACUGGCUCAGAAGGAAGGCAUGGGAGGGCGGUCUGCCCUUGCCAAUGCCAACUUGUCAACUCGGCUUCGCCUAGAAGAAGCAGAAGAGGCAACGCUUCAGGUGGCCGAAGCUCGCCUUCAAGGCGAGCUGGCGGACGCACGAGCAGGUUCUUUUGCUGUAGAGGACUUUGACAGCUACGAGGACUUGCUGGAGAAUGGGAAGAGGCAUGCCAGCGCUCUUGCUGAAGAGCUCGAGGUGCUCCGCUCAGAGCUCAGCGCCUUCAGCGCAGCUCCCAGGAAUGCAGAUGCAGGAGACGACCUCAUGGCAGCCGGGCUCCAGCGCCGAGUAGGCUCAACCCUAGCUGCGCAACGGGAGAGCCAAUGUCUCCUGCAGGAAGAGAAGUUAAAGAAACAACUCCUUGAGCAGCAGCUGCGCUUCAAGUCCAAGCCAAGCGAAAUCUCGGGCCGGGGCUUGCAGCGUGAAGCACCUGAGCUCCCGAGCGCGCCUUCACAGGUUGAUGCUGAGAGGGCGGCUCCGCCAAUCGCUUCGCAAGAGCUGCGGGCGCGGCUGGCGGCCCUCCGUGGGCAGCUGAUUGGGCAAGGGGACGACACGAGAGAAGCCAGGCCGUGUGACAAAAACGAACACACACUUCACCAGCAGCUGGAGGCUCUACGCCAGCAGCUGGAAGCCUGA